CAAUAUCACAAAGUAUGCAAAUGGAUGAAUCCUCAUAUUAGAUUUCAUUAUUUGUCUGAACGAAAAAUUCAAUCUAACAUUUAAGAAAAGGAGCAAACUGAUUUAUUAAUGGGAGAAUCUGGAUAUAUAGAGCUAUUUACGGAAAUUAAAACUAGCCCAAUGGAUGGAAUAGUAAAGGAAGAACCAAGUCAAGAAAUGGGUCCAUCUUCAGCAUCAGUGCCAAUUCCAGGUGGACACAGAAGUGCUAGAGGCGUCUAUGAACAAUUUUCGCCAUCUCCAUUGACAUCAAUGUGGCCCAAUAGAUCAGAUCAUAUACAAUCAUCGUUUAAGGUUGACUCUGAUCAUUUGGAUGAUUUUUUUAAAAUAGAAAAAUGGGAAGAUGAUGACAUAUUACAAGUAGAUAAAGCAGAUCUUAUUCAAGGUCCUACGCUUGCUGAAUUAAAUGCAAAUGAUGAAACCCUUCUUGGUGAUUUAAAUUUUGAUGAUUUACUUUUGCCAGAAGAAAGAGUUCAACCAUUUAAAAUGGAAGUAAAUGUACCUCAAUCGGUUGGGCCACUAUUUCAUGAUAACAAUGUUGGAUUUGCUCCAAGUAGUUUUCCACAAUCUGGAUCAAUAUAUCGUAACAUUUGUCCUACAUAUAUAAACGCACAUGGAUUCAAUAUAAAUAUACAUAUCAAUUCUGGUGACAAUGUGGAAACAAUUACUCCUAAUGCUUUUUCAAGUCCAGGAACCAGUAACAUUGCAGGUAGUUCAACUGCAAGUUCUUCAACAUCUCCACAUCCUAUAAAUAAACCUAAUGGACAAUCUGCUCUUCAUGAAUUAUUGAUGAGACGACGUGAAAAUUCUUUUGAUAAUUCCACCCAUUGCCAGAUGGAUGUUGAGUGCACAAAUAAUAAGUCAAAGGUUUCUAGACUGUCAAUGUCUGCACCUCCGCGGACGAUAGGACUAGAACAAAUUUGGGCUCGUAGAGAACCACGUCCCCAUUUAUUAAGUACUGGUAGCCUUGGCAUUGUUGAAGCAGGUUCAACAAGUAGUUUAAGUACCGGAGGAGCACUUAGUCCAGAUCCACUGUAUCAAAUUGAUCCUCUUAGUCUUAGUCACGAUGAAGGUUACGAAGAUAGUGAUGAUGAUAGUGACCAUUAUGAUGAUUACAGUAGUGAUAACGAUACAGGUGGUAGUGAUGGUGAAGAACAAAAUACUGGGAGUAGAGUAGGAAGUGGAAGUGUGGAUUCAAAUCGAGAGAGUAAACAUAGCAAAAAAGAACGAUAUUUUUGGCAAUAUAAUGUUCAAGCAAAAGGACCAAAAGGUCAAAGACUUGUUGCAAGAACACGUCUUGAAGACCCACAUAUUUUAAAUGAAGCUACAGAUCCUGUUUUUAGUCCACAUUGUGCACUUCGAGGAAUUAAACAUAGUGGGAAAGCUCGAAAAGGAGAUGGAAAUGAUCUUACUCCAAAUCCACGGAAAUUAUAUAGUAUUGGACGUGAAUUGGAUAAAUUAUCCCGUAUUAUUAAUGACAUGACACCAGUUUCUGAGUUACCAUUCACAGCAAGGCCUAAAACACGCAAAGAAAAAAAUAAACUUGCUUCUCGAGCAUGUCGUUUAAAGAAGAAAGCUCAACAUGAAGCAAAUAAAAUAAAAUUACAUGGAUUAGAACAGGAACACAGGCGUUUAAUUCAAGGUAUAUCUCAAGCUAAACAAACACUUGCUGCAAAACUAGCAGAUCCUAAUCCUGAGAAUCAAGAAGAAUUAACGCGUCAGAUGGAAAAAUGCUGUAAAUUGGCAACGAAAAUACGAAUAGCAAAUCAUUCAACAGAAUUUGUCAACAGAGUAUUGGAAAAAGUACGUGCCGGUGUCCCUGAUGGUGGCAUUGAUGACUUCUAA